AAACAUUGUUACAAUGUCAACCACUAUGUUACAGCCUUCAGAGGCGUCUACAGUCAUCACUGUGCGAGCUGAAAAUAUUUCCCGAACACCAUCACAAGCUGAACAACAAUCUUCAAAAUACAAGAUCUUAUUCGAAAAGGCCAAGGUGCUCUAUUUCCGUUAUUGGUUUCUUCUGGGACUUGCAAUUGCAAUUGGCCUUGCUUGGGCAUUUCCACAGGUCGGAAAAUCCCAUGGCUCAAUACAAGCUCAAUAUACAGUCAAGUGGGGGGCUGUCAUCUUGAUUUUUUUGUUAUCUGGCUUGGGACUUGAAGUAAAGGUCAUGGUGCGAACAAUUUUGAGGUGGCGACUUCAUUUGCUUGUGCAAGCAAUCAGUUUUCUACUCAUGCCAUUUGUACUUUACGGCAUCGUACGUUUUCUAAGCGCGGUAAAUGCAGAUAUAGAUCCUGUUGUCUAUCAGGGUCUUAUUAUUGCCCUGUCUACCAGCACCACGGUUUCGUCCAAUGCUGUCAUGACUAGGAAUGCAGACGGAAAUGAUAGUGCAGCUUUACUUAAUGCGGCACUAGGAAACACACUCGGUAUCUUUAUCUCCCCAGCACUCAUGACCGUAUUUGGAAACGAUAAGCUCUUGUUCCCCCCAGGAUCAGCACAAGGAGUACCUGAUUAUCUAAAUGUACUCAAGAACCUUGGCCUAACUGUCUUACUCCCUUUGGUUGUCGGGCAGAUUAUAAGAUAUAUCUUCCCUGUCCAGAUAAAGUACCUUGCAGUCAAACUAAAAUUCUCUAUAAUCAACAGUCUCGCUUUGCUUUGUAUGGUGUGGUCUGUAUUUUGUGACGGUGUAGCAACCCACGCGUUUAGUAAAAUGAGCGCCUCAGAUACCGUAGCCAUGAUUGGAGUCGAUAUAUUUAUGUAUCUGUUUGGUUGUACUGCCUGCAUUGUUGUUGGACGUCUUCCAUGGCCCCAUAAACUUAUGCAGGAGCCAGCAUGGUUAGAUAGAUGGAGAUUUUCACGGAAAGACACAGUAGCUAUUAUGUACUGCGGGGCCACAAAAACAGUAUCCAUGGGAAUCCCUUUGAUCAACGUACUCUAUGCUGACAGUAGCGUUGGUGUAGUCGGUGUGCUUUCUCUUCCUCUAUUGAUGUAUCAUAUUUGCCAGUUGUUCAUCGGCAAUUUCCAAGUACCUCUUUUGAAGCGAUGGGUGCACAAGGACAAGGAUGAACAGGACACGUCAGAAUCAAUUCCCUUGGAGUCUACUUUGCCACAGUUUACUACAAGACGGAGAGCAAAUGAACAGUUGACUGAAAGUACCGAGACAAAAUAACUCUUUUAAAAAAAAACUUAUGAUUUUAAUCCAUUAUUAUAAAUAUAUACAAUAUCAUCUUUUCA